CGCGGUGCGGUUUGUUGGGCGUGAUAUCUUGGAUUCUCCCAUGCCAAAUGCCAUUAUUGCACGGGAAGUCCAAAAUCUAGAGAGAGAUUUAGCGAGGAAACAUCAAAUCGCGUCCAGGCGCGUAUGUUAUACGAAAUUCUAGGAAGAUAUUGCGUGAUGCAGGGCUGCUACCUUGCGGUGAGGCGCCAGGUGCCAAGGAAUCUGAAGUCAAAGGUACAAGAUUGCCUCACUCCAACUCGGCCUUGACUCGGGUUUGUUUGAUAUCAUGUAGGUUUCCACCAUCAUGCUAUAUUGCACUUCUUCACGAAGGUGGCAACUCUAAAAGGUCGAAAGGCGCGCGGGUUGCGUGGCGGCACCAUGGUCUCAGCGACGACUUUGCACAGCUCUUGUCGAUGGCGCUUCACUUCGGUGGUCUGACUAAAGCCGUUUGACGCGCUUUCCGACAGUAAUUCCAACAAGACAUCUGGCAAGUGUAGCCCUCAGUACCAGGGUACGACCUGGGCGUCAAGGGCAUGUGAUUUCCUGACAGUGGAAUUUGAGCGACGAGCGCCAGUGUUUUAACGCCUUCUUUUCACCAUCCUUCACCAGGAUAGAGAUAGGUAUGGCCUAUCAAGGGAUGCUGAUAAGAUCAUCAACUCUCACACUCUGGCCAGUUUUCAUGGACUGGUUGGCAGCUAUCCCGGUCAGGAUGGACAGGGCACCAUCAAUAUGGGAUGCUGCGCGAUUGAACGCGUCGGGCUUUGGUGUUCCAAAGAUGUCGUUGAGCAGUUGAGGAUCUCCUCCUCCAUGGCCGCCUACGCCUGAAGGGAUCUCAACCUCCAUCGGCUUACCGAACAUGGGCCGCAAGAGGAUGGAUCGAUGUUCGAGCGCACCCUCUUGGCUUUGUUCACCACCCGAGUUGAUAUAUGCCCUUUCAACCACAUCCAGUUCCAGGCGCCCUUUGGUUCCAAUGAAACAAACCCUGAAACCCUCCACAGGUGAAUAUGCCGUCAGUGAAUAUGUGAGGAUCGCUCCGGACCGAUAUCGAACCAUGACGCCCAUCGUGUCCUCAAUGCUGAUUCCAUCACCAAAGACACUUUGAUCCCGAUGAUAGCCGUCCUCCUCCUCGGCAUCAAGGUACAUCGCUUUCAGCUGCGGAUUCUCUUCCAGAUGCAGCGCGAAUGGAUCGUCUUUUGCGUUUUCACUUCCGUGAGCGCGGGCAUAGAAAUUGGUUACUCCUCGCUUCUCGGCGUUCUCACGACCAUAGAAGCUCAGGUCGCCCAUGGCAACAACAGUUUCGGGCCGACUCUGAAGCCAGAAGUUGACCAAAUCAAAAUGGUGGGUUGAUUUGUGGACUAACAGACCUCCGCUGUUGCGCUUGUCCCGGUGCCAGCGUCGAAAGUAAUCUGCUCCGUGGGAGGUGUUGAGAUCCCACUGGAACGAUACUGAGUUUACUUUGCCGAUGGCCCCGGAAGACAGCAGCUCAAACACCUUCGUGUUAUGGGGAGCAUAACGGUAGUUGAAGGUGACCCGGAGAUUGCUUCCGGUUCGGUCAAUGGCGCUGAAGAUUUCCUUGCAUCUGGGAAUGUCGAUGGUCAUUGGCUUCUCGGUCACAACAUUGCAGCCAAGUUCCAUUGCCCGGACAAUGUAGAUGUUGUGUGUUCGGUCGAUGGUGGUCACAAUGACAUCGUUUGGGGUGGUUUCUUUGAUCAUCCGAUCGAAAUCGACAGCCUUGUAUGUUGGAACCGCUCGAUGUCCCAGCGCCCUCAACUUAGAGUUGGCAUAUUCCAUCCUCGUUUGAUUUGUGUCGCAGAAGGCCACCAAUUCUGCGGUAUCUUUGAAGUCUUGCGCGAUAGCCGUAUAAAAGAAGCCCGCGCGGCCACCGGUGCCAACGAGGGCAUACCUUUUGCGUGUCGUUGGGCUCAUCUCGGUCGGUAUCAGCAACUUGUGGUUCUUGAAGAGUGACGCCCUGAUGGAUUUGUUGAAGAAACGAUUCUCAUCUUGAACUUUUCAAUCCAGAUUCAGCCCACAGCACCACAACACUCAAAGCCCUGCUUCGGCGCAAAAUCACCCGAGCCAAAACGGCGGGGCUAUCUCGAGGAUCUUGUCUAGGUCAAGACCAUGAUGUUAAAGCCUAAUUGACAUCAGGCUACGGGCACCCUCCCACAGCACAAUAUGUGCAAUCAGACCGUCUGUGCCCAGCUCGGCAUGCUACGUUUGCGCUUCCUUGGUUCGCAUGUCCUCGUGCCACGCUCUCCCACCCCUCCCCAAAUGGAAAAAACCCAACUCAAUAUCGGCAAUUACUGGGCUGGCUGGGACAAUGAUGAACCGAGGACUUCUGGUGGGCUCUCUGAGGGAACUCGAUAUCAGUCGCAUGGAGCGCCUCCCUGUGACCUCCUCAUGUGUCCUCAGCGUAACGCCAACCGCGGCUGUGCUACAGCAUUAUCUUUCCCAGCAUGCCUUUCGUUGAGCAAUCCAGCGUCCCUCCUAUGGAUGAUUCCAAAGAUGCCAUUACCCACGCGGAAACCAUCAUCCCUCUCCCGCCAGUCGAACAGAAAGACAAAGCCGCUGCUUUCUUGAGCGAGGUCGACGAGGACCCAGGCUUCACCUAUCAAGAAGAGAAGGACGUUCUGAAGAGAAUUGACUACCGUGUCUUGCCGCUUCUCCUGGGAGCGUAUUUCUUCCAGCAACUGGACAAAUCGUCGCUGUCGUAUGUCUCGGUGUUUGGUAUCACGAGCGAUGCCCACCUCCACGGACGCCAAUACUCCUGGCUCGGUUCCAUUUUGUAUCUUGCCCAGCUUGUUAUGCAGCCACUUGCUGCAUACCUCCUGGUCAAACUUCCCACAGGAAAGCUGAUUGGAUGUGCCAUACUGCUCUGGGGAAGCUCUCUGGCUAUUAUGUCCGCCUGCACGGACUUCAAAAGCCUCAUGGGACUGCGCUUCACACUCGGAGCCUUUGAGGCAAUGAUCGCUCCCUCCUGCGUCGCAGUGACGCAGCUGUGGUGGCGCCGUAGUGAACAGACUUUGCGCAAUUCCUACUGGAACGGAAUGAAUGGUGUCACGGCUGUGGUUGGCAGCCUUUUCACUUACGGACUCGGUCAUAUCCACAGCUCCAUCUUGCAUCCAUACCAGGUUAUUUUUCUGUUUUGUGGUCUCCUUACCGUUGCGUACUCAAUUUUGGUCCUUAUUCUGAUGCCUGACUCCCCGAUGGAAGCCAAGUACCUUACCAAGCGAGAGAAAGUCGUCGCGGUAGAGAGGCUCAGAGCAAAUCAGCAAGGCACAACGUCAAGAUUGUGGAGAUGGGACCAUGUCUGGGAAGUUGUGAUCGAUGUCAAGACAUAUCUAUGGUUUUUGAUCAUCAUUUCCAUCUCCAUUCCCAGCGGUGGUAUCAGCACUUUUGGCAGCUUGAUCGUCAAGUCGUUUGGAUAUAGCAGCUUCGCCACGAUCCUCUUCAACAUCCCUUUUGGAGCCAUCCAAGUGAUCGUGAUUCUGGGCUCAGGCUGGCUUGCGACAAAAUGGCAAAGAAAGGGCUUGGUCAUUGCAAUCGCUGCCAUAUUCCCCACGGUGGGGACAAUCAUCCUCCUGACGGUGCCGAGGGAGCAGAAGGGUGUCCUCCUCUUUGGUUAUUACCUGAUCUCCUGCCUGGCCUGUAUCACGCCUCUGAUUUAUGCCUGGCACAUCCAGAACUCUGCCGGAGAUACCAAGAGAAAAUGCACGUCAGCUGUGGUAUUCAUUGGCAUGUGUGCCGGUAACGUCAUCGGACCGCUUCUGUACUCGACCGACCAAGCUCCCUUAUAUCGGUCUGGCUUGAUUUCCAACCUGGUCAUGUUCGUGUUGGUGGCCGUCCUUGCCAUUGUGAUCUGGCUAUAUCUCUUGCUUCUGAACAGAAGACACGCUCGACGUCGGGCCGAGCUCGGCAAAGCUGCGGACAAAAUUGAUGAAUCCAUGGUAGGAAAGGAGAAGAUCGGUGCCACCAAGGCGGUAGAAUUGGAAGAAGCUCAUCAAGCAGGGGUUGCGAGCAAUGCCAAUGGGUUCACCGACAUGACGGACCUGCAGAACGAAGAUUUUGUCUUCGUUUAUUGAUGUGCUGGUAGAUACCUAGUUAUCAUCGUCAUCGUCAUCAUCAUAAUCGUCCUCGUCGUCCUCAUCAUCGCUAUUCUUUGCAGCUGAUUGGAUUUGCUGGCUCGCUGCAGCUAGCACAAUGUCCUCCUCACCGGAGUCGUCUUGAUCCCGCUCCGCAAUCUCCCCAAGGUCUGCGCCGGUGUGCCCAACUUCUU